AUGGACAGGCACUUGGAAGAUCCCUGUCAGUGGCAGGCUCAUUCAGUUACUCCCUCACCUGGACGUUUCGCAGGGAUCUCUGCAGUGGGCAUCGGCAAUCAGGAGCUCUUCACUGGUGGCGCCGAUGGCUCCAUGUGCAUCUGGAGCCAACCAGGUCGAUCUGGUGAUCGACUUUUGAGGAAGAUCCCAGCACAUGGCGGAGCAGUAACGUGUGUGGAGUCUGCGGGACCUGCACAGGCCUUCAGUGCUGGAGAGGACGGCUACGUGCGCUACUGGUCGGCCGAGGUGGCCACGCCAAGCUCAAUGGAAACGACCUGUGACGCUGAGCUGCCGUUGCACAACAGGGACUGCCGAGAGAGGACUCCUCAGUCACCGAUCUACAGCAUGUGCGUGGACCGGCGGCUCUCACGGGUCCUCGCAGGGGCCGAGGAUGGCUGCAUUCGCCUUUGGGACACGAUGGUGUGGCGACCAACAAAACGAUCCCCGCAUAUCUCCGCGUCAGAGGAGGAGCCACCAUCGCUCACCGCAGUGAGAUUCAACACCGGGGAGGCCUUUUACCAUGAGUUCGUCAGUGGCGCAGCAGAUGGGUCCUGGUGCCUUUGGGACCUGCGAGAGGCCCAGCCGGUGAACGGAGCAAAGGACCCAGAGAAGUCAAAAUUGAUGUCAGUGGCCUUGCAUGGAGCUCGAUUGCUCACAUGUGCUGAAAAUGGCCUUCUGGUGCUGUGGGACCUCCGAGCUAACAAGGUCUUGCGGAAGGUGGCGCCAAUGGACGGCCAGUACUUGCGAAGGUCAAGGAAAGGAUCGGGAACACAGGCCAGAACAUGA